CGAGCCAAGAUACCCACGAUCGCUUCCUCUGACGACUCACUCCUCACCCCGACAGUACAACAUAUCACGCCGUUGGGAAACGGGAAAAGCCACGCCAUUGUAGCAGUAGCAGCCUACAAUACCAAUCGACGACAGCUGCCAUCGCGAUCCGAAGCAUGCGCUGAGGCCCCCCGCGAUCAUGGCCCCAGCCCUGCAGACCAGCGAUCCUACGACCCAUCAAGCCGCCGAGCCGCAUCCGAACGAGGUCGAGCUUCCCUACCACAACGACGUCCCAGGCCAUCCUGCCCCCGUUGGCGACGAUGGCGUCCCUGAUGCUUCGGUAGACCCCUCCGUUGUCAUGCGCAAGCUGAUGAAGGGCAAGGACAAAGAAUGGGAUGCUGUCGCGCCCAGCAAGUCGGGAAAGAAGCUGACCCUUCUCGAGUUACCGGUGGACAUCUUGCGCUUGAUUAUUAAGGAGAUUACGCACACAAAUGACCUUACCUCGCUCGCCUUGACCAACUCGAACCUCCACAAUCUCGCGAUCCCCCACAUCUACUCGAGAUUCGACAUUGUCUGGCCCGACGCCACCCAGAUGACCACGUCCGACUCCAAGAGCGUCGAUGCUCUGACCUAUGGUCUAUCCACAAUCUGCCUUGGCAGCUCCUUCGCGCAUCGCACCCGCAAGAUGCUCAACCCGGGCUACAUCCCUACCUACGAUUCCAACGUUCGGAGACAGAAGAACGACUACGCCAAAUACACGAAAAAGUUCUCAUUGGGCAAUGGACCACAGGACUGGGUGGCGGAGUACAUGAUAUCCAAGGAGAGCGGCAAGAUGCUGGGCACGCUCGUCGCUCUGGCUGUGGAGAAGAUGGUCAACCUGGAGUCUUUCGUCUGGGAUAUGCCGACUGGUGUCCUUUCCGAAAUCUUCAUGGCUCUGGCAUCCAUUCCGGAACAGAGCUCGGACGGCGAUUCGAAGCUCGAAAAGGUUUGGGUGAGAUGGCAUGACAACACCGAUGGUUCCAGUCCAUCGCCAUCCUCGAGUCCGCCUCCCCCGAUUCCGCCCGUUGUCCCGCCCGGCAGCCACCUCACUACAGUCGGCAUCCUGAUUCCUUCGGACUCUUCCCAUCCGGCACCGCGGGGUGCGAUCCCGUAUGCGGAAACAAAUAUCGAAUUUCCUACCUUCAGUGUCUUGCCUCCGCUCAAGAGUCUGACUGUUCUCGACAUCGACGAACUUGCUUACCUAGACGAGAUGGCCAUAGCGAUCGAAAGAUCGCAAGACCGCCUCCAAGAGCUUCGCGUCGGCAUAUCUCCGAGGGCCGUCUUCAAGGACUUUGUCCAAGCCUGGGAUGGGCCCGACUUGCAGCAGAUUGAUCGGGAUGCCAGAUGGCCCGGUGAGAGCUCCAUUGGCGAGAGGAGACUAGGCGGCGUUUUGGGCGUGCUUGUCGGCCGUAUCUAUGACAUUCGCCGCAAGCCGGCAUCGAAAUCGAGAGACAAGACCCCUGUUGCGCCAUCGCAAGCGACACAACAGUCCAAUACCGCGACCCCUGUUGCGGAUACCACGGAGACCUCGAAUGCUUCGGAACAACCCAACCCGAACGACGAGCCGGAGGCUAUGGACGAGGAUAGCUCAGUCGAGCCGCUCUUGGUCAAUACCGUUGCUCAUUCAACGGGAACAACGCAUGCCACAGAUACCAACAGCGAUGAUCGAGCACACCAGGAGGAAAACUCACAGCCUGCGAAAGACCAGGCGAUCAGCGGCGUGGACCUUGUGGAUACAUCUUCAGGGGUGCCGAGAAAGAGGCUGGACGGCAAGCUCAAGCUACGAUCGCUCGAGCUCGAAAGAGUUCAUUUGUCAAUUCAAGUCUUCAGCCAGGCCUUCGACUGGACUGUCCUGACCACGUUGACCAUACUAGAGUGCGCCCAGCACGAUAGUCUCUGGAAGGCAUUGCGGAAGCAAUUCGCUCCUACUCCUAUCGUCAGGCUCGGAUCUCAUCAACACCAGGGCAGCUCCAAGCAAGCUAUGGAGUACCACCUCAACCUCAAGAGCAUUCAUACGGAUAUCACUUCGGCAUAUUUGAUCAGCUUUCUCAGAGACACUCUAGCCCCCAACAGUUUAGAGGUCCUCUUCUUGCAGGAUCGGAGGCGGCCCAGUGGGCCGCCAGCGGUGACCAUAGAUCAGAUCUUCAAGGGAGUCAUCAAGAAGCACCGGGCGAGCCUGCAAAAGAUUCUUCUAGAUAGUUCAGACCGGAAGCGUAGCAACAGCAAUACUGCCCCAGACACCGCUCGUUGGCGCAACUGGGUGCUGCCGACAGACAUGUUGCUUUACAUGACCAGUGGGCGCAUGGUGAGCCUCAGGGAACUCGCCGUUUCCUUACACUUUAAAGACUGGCACACAUUCCUUCAGCGCUUGCCGAACACCCCUCAGCUGCGGUCUCUCAACCUACAGCAUGUUGCUGACCAUAUACUCAGCAACUUUGACCCUCGAGAGUUGGCGUUGCAGAUGGUGGAUAUUAUCACCCUCCGCCCUGACAUUCAGCUCUGUUACGUGGGCAUUUCGACCAAGUGCUUCGAGAUCCUGGAGAGCAAGCCAGCAGAAGAAAGCGGUGCUUCAACCACGAGUGUCGCGGCUGACCAGGGUGUUGUGGGCCACGAAUCUGGAGUCGACGGCGAAGACGAUGACGAGGAAGAUGAGGUCCCUACGGACGACGACGACACGGCGAGUCAGGUGGAUGAGGACACCUCUGAGGAGGAGACUGAUGACACCCCGGGGAAUGCAGUACAUGCAGAUGACUCGCAGUCGGAAGCAUCUGCGGCGCAAGACUCGGACGACGAUGACUCGAUGCGAGACGCCGACUACGGCACCUCGCGUCCACGUCUCCGACUCCGUGAGAUUCUAUUCUAUGACGACAAGGUCGCAAUAUUCAAAGCUCGGCAUGGCAGACUGUGAUGCAGUCUCUGAAAUGGGGCUAGGAAAGAAGCAGUUGAUGGGGAGGGGUGUUGGAAGUCCGCCAAAGGAAUCAUAUAGAUCAGGCCAAACUUGCGUACAACGGAGACAUAUGCAAAUGGUACAGCGAAACG